CCCUGUUAUUUGCCACAGGCGCAGACCGUGGCAUUCUCCCAGAAACGUACGCAACUUGGACAACCUACGCUCUCUGAAUGCGGCCUCUGCAGGUUCCAUCUCAUUCUCAGUCAGACAUUGGAACUGCCAAUCUGCUGUCAACAAGGCAGAUUUCAUUUCUGCAUUUGCAAUCCACUCCAAUCUCAGCGUGCUGGCUCUGACUGAGACCUGGAUCCAUGCUGAGAACACUGCCACACCCGCUGCCCUGGCCUCCAAAUUCAACUUCUCCCAUACCUCACGCCCCAACAGACGAGGGGGUGGUACAGGUUUGCUUCUCUCCAAAACAUGGAAAUUUACCUGUCUUUCUCCCUCUUGCUCAUACACGUCCUUUGAAUUUCAUGCUGUUACAGUCACUGACCCUGCCAAAAUGCAAUUUCUUGUUGUUUACCGUCCUCCAGGUCAACUGGGGAAGUUCAUAGAUGAAUUUGACACGCUACUGUCCACCAUCCCAGAUGAUGGAACUCCUCUUCUGGUCCUUGGUGAUUUCAACAUUCAUGUAGACAAGCCACAUGCAGCUGACUUUCUUGCUCUCCUUCCCACAUUCGACCUCAAUCAGUUCACCACACCAGCAACCCACAAAGCCGAACAACCUCCUGGACACCAAGGAGUCUGGCUUCAAGAGCAACCACUCCACGGAGACUGCUCUGCUUUCCGUCACUGAAGCCUUACGACUAGCAAGAGCAACCUCUAGAUCAUCUGUCCUCAUCCUACUUGACCUCUCUGCUGCUUUCGACACUGUGAACCAUCAGAUCCUUCUGUCAACUCUCUCCAGCCUGGGCAUCACUGGAAUGGUUCUGCGCUGGGUGGAAUCCCAUCUCUCUGACAGAUCCUUCAAGGUAUCAUUGAGCCUGACGAUCCAUCCGUCUCUGCACGCAUCUCUGCUUGCCUUUCGGACAUCUCGGUCUGGAUGAAGGAAAACCAUCUUAAGCUUAACCUAGCAAAAUCUGAGCUUCUCGUGAUCCCGGCCUGUCCCUCAAUCAACCACAACCUCACUGUACAGCUCGGCUCACUCACACUCAUGCCAACCAGUACGGCCAGGAACCUUGGGGUGAUUCUUGAUGACUGCUUGACCUUUACAGACCAUAUCUCAGCAACUGCAAGGUCCUGUAGGUUCAUCCUUUACAACAUCAAGAAAAUCCGACCCUACAUCACCAAACAGGCUACACAGAUACUAGUUCAGGCUCUUGUUAUCUCUAAACUGGACUACUGCAACUCACUGCUUUCAGGCCUCCCAGCCAGCUCCAUCAAACCCCUUGAGAUGAUUCAGAAAGCUGCAGCACGCCUCGUCUUCAACCAGUCCAAGAGAACCCAUGUCACACCCCUCUUCAUCUCCCUCCACUGGUUUCCUGUAGCUGCCCGCAUCAAGUUCAAGGCCUUGAUGCUCACCUACAAGACCUUUUCAGGAACAGCACCCUCCUACCUCAACUCUCUCCUGAAGGCCUACGUUCCCUCUCGCAAUCUGAGAUCGAUUAGCGACCAACGUUUAGCAGUUCCAACUCAGCGUGGUGCAAGGUCCCUUUCCAGAACCUUCACUCUAACUGUUCCUCAAUGGUGGAAUGCACUUCCAAUCUCAAUCCGGACCGCAGAAUCUCUCACCAUCUUCAAAAAACAGCUAAAGACCCACCUCUUCCAUGAACACCUAACCAACUCAUAAUAAUAAAAUUUUUUUUUUUUAAAAAUGCACUUACACCUCUACUCUGCACUUUGCUUCUUCUGGAAUUCAAUUAAUAGAUCUUGUAUGGUAGCACUUCUUGUAUUGUUCUCUGCUUGAUGUAUCGCUUUGCUUGUAUCUUUCUCAUUUGUAAGUCGCUUUGGAUAAAAGCGUCUGCUAAGUGAAUAACUGUAAAUGUAAAUGACUAUGGUCCCAGCUGCCUUGAGAUCAUUGACAAGAUCCUCCCAUGUAGUUCUGGGCUGAUUCCUCACUGUUCUCAUGAUCAUUGCAACUCCACGAGGUGAGAUCUUGCAUGGAGCCCCAGGCCGAGGGAGAUUGACAGUUUUUUUGUGUUUCUUCCAUUUGCGAAUAAUCGCACCAACUGUUGUCACCUUCUCACCAAGAUGCUUGGCAAUGGUCCUGUAGCCCAUUCCAGACUUGUGUAGGUCUACAAUCUUGUCCCUGACAUCCUUGGAGAGCUCUUUGUUCUUGGCCAUGGUGGAGAGUUUGGAAUCUGAUUGAUUGAUUGCUUCUGUGGACAGGUGUCUUUUGUACAGGUAACAAACUGAGAUUAGGAGCACUCCCUUUAAGAGUGUGCUCCUAAUCUCAGCUCGUUACCUGUAUAAAAGACACCUGGGAGCCAGGUGUUGAGUCAAAUACUUAUUUCCCUCAUUAAAAUGCAAAUCAAUUUAUAACAUUUUUGACAUACGUUUUUCUGGAUUUUCUUGUUAUUCUGUCUCUCACUGUUCAAAUAAAUCUACCAUUAAAAUUAUAGACUGAUCAUUUCUUUGUCAGUGGGCAAACGUACAAAAUCAGCAGGGGAUCAAAUACUUUUUUC